GCUUUAAUAUCCAAAACAAGUCUUACCUUAGUCAGCAUGUUGUGGUGGCAAGCUGAAGGAGCUAGCUAGCUAACUAGCUGUGUUAGCUAGCUCGGUGAAAACUCUCCCUUGCAGGCCGUUGAAGAAAAUAUCUUCUUCAUCUGCCAUCCGACAGCUGAAAAACAUAUUUUAAAUCAAUGUUAUGAUUAUAUAAUCGAAUAAAAUGCAAAAUAUUUUCGGGCACUGACAGUUGCUCUUCUCCUUCAUAUGAAGAAAAUUCAAAAUCAGGAUUUGGGCAGAUAGCGUUCUCCUGCCAGAUGUUAAAGUGUGAUUCAUCACACCAUAGAAUGCGUUUCCACUGUUUACCAGAGUCCAAUGGCAGGCAAGCUUUACACCACUCCAGCCGACGCUUGACAUUGCGCAUGGUGAUCUUAGGCUUGUGUGUGGCUGCUCGGCCAUGGAAACCCAUUUCAUGAAGCUCCCAAUGAACAUUUCUUGUGCUGACGUUGCUUCCAGCGACAGUUUUGAACUCGGUAGUGAGUGUUGCAAUCGAGGACAGAAGGUUUUUACGCACCAUGCGCUUCAGCACUCGCCUGUCCCGUUCUGUGAGCUCGUGUGGCCUGUCACUUCGCGGGCUGAGCCGUUGUUGCUCCUAGACUUUUCCACUUCACAAUGUAACAGCACUUACAGCUCUAGCAGGGCAGACAUUUGUUGGAAAGGUGGCAUUCUAUAACGAUGCCACGUUGAAAGUCACUGAACUCUUCAGUAAGGCCAUUCUACUGCCAAUGUUGGUCUAUGGAGAUUGCAUGGCUGUGGCCUCAACUUUAUACACCUGUCAGCAAUGGGUGUCUCUAUAAUAGCCAAAUCCACUAAUUUAAAGGGGUGUCCACAUACUUUUGUAUAUAUAGUGUAUGCUUUUUGAUGACAUUAUGCCAUUAUGAGAUGACUAUUAGAUAGUGUUUAAUUAUAACGGCAUCAUAAUGCAUUAUAAGACUUUGUGUUACAGAGUAUUUGAUUUAACUAAUUAUCUUACUGCUCCUGUCUCUAGAUCUGUCCUUAACUAAUAAUCCAAACCACCAAGUUCAACACAGCCCUUCACAUAUCUAUUCUCUGAUUGACUGAGAUGAGAACUGCUGAGGAGUCUUCUGGCACGGUCCUGCACCGUCUUAUCCAGGAGCAGCUCCGUUACGGGAACCCCACAGACACACGUACCCUCCUGGCCAUCCAGCAGCAGGCCCUGCGUGGAGGCAGCAACAGCAGCGGAGGAGGCGGUACCGGAUCCCCCCGAUCCUCUCUGGAGAGCCUGACCCAGGAAGAGUCCCAGUUCAUCCACAUGUCCACCAGACAGGACCCCCAGGGACAGGAGUACAAGGGAGACUACAACCACUGUGAGAGUGACUCUGUGUGUCACCUCUACCAGCUCCACAGACACGGAGAGGAGCUGCCCACCUAUGAGGAGGCCAAGGCCCACUCUCAAUAUCUGGCCUCGGUAGGGGCCCAGCGUGGUCAGGGUCUUGAGGUGAUGGAGCACCAGGGAGGGGGCCAGUGGGACCUGAAGCGGGAGCACGCCCGCUCCCUCAGUGAACGGCUCAUGCAGCUCUCCCUAGAGAGGAAUGGUGGAAGAUGUGUAUCCAGAGACAAUCUGCCCCUCAGCUCCACACAGAGUUACCCACAGCUUUCCAAUGGCCACUGUGGGCCUGUUGACCACCAGGGACCAGAGUCUCUCCAGUACCCCGAUCAGAGGGGACCUCCCCCGGACUACUACCCCUUCCUGGUCAGGCCUCCUGGAUACAUGCUCAGCCACUCACAGGAGACACACGGACAAUACCACCAGGAACCUCCUCCCCCAUUCCACCCCCAGCACAGGUAUGAACCUGCCCAUGCCCAGAUGAUUCGCCACAGUGUCCAUUCUGGUCCAGAGGUCUACAUGAGCCACAGCAACCCCAGUACCCACAACAACAGUGCCCAGAUGGACCUGUUGAGGGAAAAUGAGAGACUGAGGAAAGAGCUGGAGGGGUACAGCGAGAAGGCUGCCAGACUUCAGAAGCUGGAAGUAGAGAUCCAGAGGAUAUCUGAGGCCUACGAGACCCUGAUGAAGGGCUCGGCCAAGAGAGAGACCCUGGAGAAAACCAUGAGGAACAAACUGGAGUCAGAGAUCAAGAGACUACACGACUUCAACAGAGACCUCAGAGAUCGUCUGGACACUGCUACAAAACAGCGAGUAACCAAAGAUGUUGAAUCUGCCAACCAGAAGCAGCAGGCCUUCGCCAAGCUCCUCGAACAAAAUGAGGAGCAGCAGCGGGAGGUGCAGCGUCUGCGUGGCUCCGGGGAGGAGUGGCUUCGGCGCCGGGAGGUUCUGGAGCUGGCCCUGGGGUCGGCACAGACCCGUAACCUGGCCCUGGAGGAGGAGCUUAUGAGGAAGAGGGCGUACGUAGAGAAGGUUGAGCGGCUGCAGAGUGCCCUGGGCCAGCUACAGGCAGCCUGUGAGAAGAGAGAAGCCCUGGAACUGAGGCUGAGGACCAGGCUGGAGCAAGAGCUGAAGAGCCUCCGAUCAGCACAGUGCCACAGCACGGCUAGCGGUCCUGGCUCCCUGCCCUCUGCUGCGAGCUCCAUGGUGUCUGUACAGCAGCAGCUGGCUGAGAGAGAAGAGAGGAUCUUGGCUCUGGAGGCUGACAUCACACACUGGGAACAGAAGUACCUGGAGGAGAGCACCAUGAGGCAGUUCGCUAUGGACGCAGCCGCGACCGCCGCAGCUCAGAGAGACAGCAGCAUCAUCAAACACUCACCCAACAACAGCUUCAACGACCACCUGCCCACCAGCCACAGACAUCAGGAGAUGGAGAACAGAAUCCGAGCGCUGCACUCCCAGCUCCUGGAGAAGGACGCAGUGAUCAGGGUGUUACAGCAACGGUCUGGACCAGAGCAGCAGGCCCUCCGCCCUGCCAGGUCCGUCCCCUCCAUCAGCACCGCUGCCAACGCCUCAACAUCCACCUCCUUCAAUGGCCCAGUGGAGCGACCCAUCUGGGGAAAAGGAAAGAGCCUCUCUGAUGACCAGACGGCUGCUGCAGUGUCUCCUCUGUCCCGGCCCCCCCACCAACACCCUCGCGCCCCCCUGACCCUGCCUCUCUCCUACUCCGAGCCCCAGAGAAGGGACCGCAGCAGCCAGUGUGAUAGUGAUGUCCCAGCCCAGAAGGCUGACCUCACAGUGGAUCUACCCAGCAGUUCAGACACUGCAACAGCCGUGGUAGAAAUCCUUAUUUAACAAACAUUGAACUGUGGAUGGACAGUGAUGAUACGGUCGAUGACCGAGAGACCUUCCUGUCCUGUAUAUCCCAUCCAGCGAGAAGAAGGCAGCCUGCCUGUCCGUCUGUUUCUGGUCAGACUGGCCUCCAGAUGAACAGAAGGACACUUCCUUUGAAGACAGACGGACAGUUUGGAGACGGACAUGGACAUGUGCUUCCUACCUACCAAACAACCUACCCACCUACCUACCUUCCAUCUUACCUACCUUCAUACUGUACCUUCUGACCCAC